AUGGAGGUGUACUACAACGCAGUGCGUCGCCUCGAAGACAAGUUCGACGGGCUUGAGGUCAACCACAUCGCGCGCAGGUACAAUGAGGAAGUGGACGAACUGGCCAAGAUUGCGUCUGGGCGGACCACCGUUCCCCCGAACGUCUUCGCCCGCAACCUGACCAAUCCAUCCGUCGACUUCAAGAACCUUGCAGAAGCCAUUGGAGCAGCACCCGAACGCUCGGGGGCUGCGACCGCCGAGCCCUCGGCCAAAGGCCCCUCGGUGGAGGAGUCCAAGGCCAUGGACACUGAAGCUAAGAUCUCCUCGGCGGAUGAGGCGGAAGCAAUGGAGAUUGACGAGGACCCACCCUCGCGAGACUGGCGUGCCCAGUAUCUUGACUGGAUGAUCCGAGGGGUUCUACCCUCGGACCACGCUCAGGGGCGGCGCAUCACCAGGCGGGCCAAGUCCUUCGUCUUGAAUGACAAUGAGCUGUACAAACGCAGCCCCUCGGGCGUUCUGCAAUGCUGCAUACCCAUCCCCGAGGGUAGGGAGCUGAUACGGGACAUUCACGCCGGCUUCUGUGGCCACCACGCUGCGCCACGCACCCUCGUGGGAAACGCAUUCAGGCAGGGCUUCUACUGGCCCACCGCAGUCGCCGAUGCCACCGAAGUCGUACGGACCUGCGAGGGCUGCCAGUUUUACGCUCAAAAGACGCAUCUCCUGGCUCACGCUCUGCAAACCAUCCCCAUUACAUGGCCUUUCGCCGUGUGGGGACUGGACCUCGUCGGGCCCCUGUAG